GCUCCAUCACACGUGAGAUAUUGUUUCAGCUCAUGACUCUCGCUCGCGAUACGUCCUUUCCGGAUGCUCAGAUCCGGGCUAUCUGCGAUACUGUGACGCAGGACAAUGUCAACGACUUCAUCGAGCUUUUGCGCCGUCUUCACGCCAGCCAGGAGACUUCGCUGGUCUUGGCCACUGCUGCUUCACCUGUCCAAUCCAUCUCCAGCUUUGAGAGCAGGGCUCAAGCUCGGCUGGUCAAGAGAACAUCCUCCGAGCCUGGUGCUGUACUGUGCGCCGACACGUUCUACAGGCUGUGCAAGGACGACCAGAACAAGCCACAACGCCUGAGCCUAUUUUGUCCGUUCACUUUGGUCUUCCGCAAGUGUUCCCACGGUGGUGGAUGUCAGCUAGAGCAUAUUUGCUGGUGCAAGCGUCCAGCCUCUUGCAAGUUCUCGCACAAGUUUGCUCCUACAUGCGACUCGGUCCUCGACGGAACCCGCUGCUCAAAAACCAGAAGGCUUGUCAACAACAACAAGAAGAGAGCAUGUGCACGCAAUCACGACUACAAGGUUCGACUGUUCAUGGGCGCCGUGCGUGUAUCUCACGAGCUCGGCUUCUACGGCGUUGACAAUAACCAUAUCGACCGCAGUGUCACUCCUGUCAACGAGCUCGGCAAUGCUGUCCAAAGCUCUUGGAUGGCGUCUGAUGUCGAGCGGACCCUCAGUGGUUCGAAGACACCGUGCCUGCAACUGGAGUUGAGGAAAGCAAAACUCAUGACGGCACCGGCACCGUGGCUACAAGAAAUAUUGUGGAAGGUGAUACGGUCCUUGACACCGAUCUCAUGUGGUUCUCUUGAUGCUGUCUCGCUUCCACAAGGGGGAGCAGAUGAGGCCUUCUUGUUUGCCAGUCGCUGUCCCUUCCACUUUGCUCCUUCCACGAUCCAUGGCGGCUUCUCGUUGUCGGCAGACCCAAUGAUACCCAGACCAGAGCUGCGGCCAAAGAGAGCAUGCCGAGUUGCAACCUCUUGGAUACUGCCCUGCUUC